AAAGUGAAAGAAAAAAAGUGUUCGGCCAUUGAAGUCGCUGACUCACCGACAUUUUCUCUAACAGACGAGGAAACGCAUAAAACCGAUAGAUUACAGUGUUAUACUGGAGCCUAAGUCACUUUAAACACGCGUGAAAGAUGCUGAACACCUCGAGAAAGUGGCAGAGCCCGAGUGGUGGAUUUUCUUUUGAAAACACGCGCAGAAAUGCUGUUCUGGAGACAAGCUUAUCCGAGAAGGGUUACAGUGCACCAAAAGCCAGGAAGACUGGCACCACCAUCGCUGGCAUCAUAUUUAAGGAUGGAGUGAUUUUAGGAGCAGACACCAGGGCCACGGAUGACAUGGUCGUUGCUGAUAAGAACUGCAUGAAGAUCCACUACAUUGCCCCCAAAAUCUACUGUUGUGGUGCAGGUGUGGCAGCAGAUGCUGAAGUCACAACACAGAUGAUGUCAUCAAAUGUGGAACUGCAUUCGCUCAGCACCGGACGUCCUCCUCUCGUAGUCACCGUGACGCGGCAGCUUAAACAGAUGCUGUUUAGGUAUCAGGGGCACAUUGGUUCCUCUCUUAUCGUGGGAGGUGUGGAUGUAAAUGGUCCGCAGCUCUAUAGCAUCUACCCUCACGGCUCAUAUGAUAAGCUUCCUUUCCUUACCAUGGGGUCUGGAGCGGCUGCCGCUGUAUCUGUAUUCGAAGAUCGAUAUAAGCCAAACAUGGAGCUGGAGGAAGGAAAGCAGCUGAUGAGAGACGCCAUCGUGGCAGGAAUCUUCUGUGAUCUGGGAUCUGGCAGCAAUGUAGACCUGUGUGUCAUCACUGAGAAAGGUGUCGAUUAUCUGAGGGGAUAUGACCAGCCCGCUCAGAAAGGACAGAAGGAAGGCACAUACAGAUACAAGCCAGGCACUACUGCUGUUCUCACAGAGACUGUAACUCCAUUAACACUGGAUCUUGUGCAAGAAUCAGUCCAAGUGAUGGACACAGAAUAAGCCAGGAGCAUCUGUGCUUGAAUCAGUCCCACUUCAUUUAGAACGAAAUAUCAUUUUAUACAGUUUGCUUGGUAACAUUAAAGAGUUUGAUCCUUUG